AUGCUUCCGCCGUUGGCGCGAAUCCAUUCUCCUGCAGAUACGAUACCCGUACGACACCUACACCAAUCGAUCGGUAAAUCGAAGAAACCUAUCACAGUUGUGAGAUGGACGCCAGAAGGGAGACGGUUGUUGACCGGAGGACAUACUGGCGAAUUUAUGCUGUGGAAUGGAACGGCUUUCAACUUUGAGACAGUCAUGGACGUGCGUGGACAAAAGGGCGACAUCAAAUACUGGCGACCUAACUUCAACAAUGUGGAGACGAUCGAUGAUGCACAUCACGAUGCCGUACGAGACCUAGCAUGGUCACCGAGCGACACAAAAUUUUUGUCCGCGUCUGAUGAUACGACCCUAAAGAUCUUCGACUUCACCGCACGAACUGCCGACACCGUUCUUACAGGUCAUAACUGGGACGUCAAAUCGUGCGAUUGGCACCCGACAAAAGGUCUUCUGGUGUCGGGGUCGAAAGACCACCAGGUCAAGUUUUGGGAUCCUCGCACCGCUAGGUGCUUGACGACCCUUCACAGCCAUAAGAAUACCGUCACGACUACCCGAUUCUCGCGAGUAAACAGCAACCUUCUCGCUACGUCAUCGCGUGAUCAGACUGCGAGAGUAUUUGAUCUACGUAUGAUGCGAGAUAUCUGUAUUCUCCGGGGGCAUGAGAAGCCUAUCUCAUCUCUUACAUGGCAUCCUAUUCACAGUUCCCUCAUUUCCACAGGGAGCGAGGAUGGGUCAUUAUACCAUUAUUUACUUGAUGAACCCAACCUUCCAUCAGGACAAGUUCCUACAAUUGCCCCGUACGACAGUCCUGAUCCUGCGAAUACCCCAGCACAGGUCAUCUACCCCGCCCAUCGGAUCCAAUAUGCCCACAGUGCCACUAUCUGGUCACUCGACUGGCAUCCUCUGGGUCAUAUCUUGGCGUCGGGCUCGAAAGACAAUUUCACACGCUUCUGGUCUCGAGCAAGACCAGGUGAGACUAGUUACAUGAAAGACAGAUUUCAUAUCGGCGAGGAGGCUGCAGAAGCCCAAGGAACAUGGAGUCGUGGGUUUGGAAGGCGACAGAUGCGUGAAGAGGAAGAGCAAGAGGCACAAGACGAGGCUGAAAGCUUGGUUGACCAGAAGAAUACUACCGCCCAAUCUCUUCCCGGCAUCCAGAUUGCUCCCCCCGGUCUUGGUUCUCUGCAAACAGGAUCUGGCUCAUUGUUACCAGGCAUUGGUGCUCCACAACCUGCACCGCAAGCUGGGAUGUCUGCAUCCAUGCCUCAAAUGGACCCUGGCCGCUUGGCAGCGAUUCUGUCUCAACAAAACCCCUCUCAGCCACAAAAUUUUCCUUCGGCCACAGGCAUUCCUGGAUUCCCCAUGCCCCCUGCUAUGUCAGGUACUCCGCCAUUGAACAUCGACCUUGCGGAGCUACAAAAGCAGCUCCUUUCCCAGGGCAUUUCUCCUCAAAAUUUCGCCUCUUUGGCUGCAUCUCUAGGUUCUGCGGGUCUUCCUGGUCUGCAAAGCAGCACGCCCGAUAACACGUAUCGAAGAUGA